AUGUAUGACCAAAUAUGUACAAAUACUUCCCAACCUGGUCCUAGUUGUAGUGCUACUAGUGAUAAAUGUAUUCACAUUCGACCACAUGAACAUAUUUUGGAGACUUCAGAAUCAGUGCCAGAGUACUCAGUAUCACCUGUUUCAAAAGAAAGAUUUGACGAACAUGAAAGAUCCAAUGAUCAUAUAGAUAAUCUGAAAAUGUAUCAGACUCGCUUAUUAAAACAAGGAAGAGUUGAUGUAGAACUCGAAAAGGAAAUUAGCACUGCGAAAGAAUAUUGGGUUAAAGACCUAGAAAGAAUCAUAAGUGUAAUAAAGUUCCUGGCUACCAGGGAAUUGGCGUUUAGAGGUACUCAUAAAGAAUUGGCGAAAAACGGAAUGGAAACUACUUAA